AUGUGGGUGACACUAAGACAGACAAAAUGUCUCAUGUACAAAAAUUUUCUGAUAAAGAAAAGAGACAAAAAACAAUUUCUGCAAGAGCUAUUUUAUCCUAUUUACAUGGUUGGUAUACUGGCUAUGAUUCGGGCGUUAGUUAGACCGCAACAAUAUCCCGAAAUUAAAAAUUUUCCUCAACUACCAUUGGAUAAUAUUACCACAAAUAUCAAUCAAAGUUAUCUCCUACUCUAUUCUCCUAAUAACAAUGCUGAUAUCGAUAAAAUUAUCCAGCAAGUGAGUCAAAUGCUAGAUCUAGAAAAUCCACCCGUAGGCUUUGUUAAUUCAUCGGAUAUCGAGCAAUACUACAGAAUUGGCACCAACAGUCGAAGUAUUUUGGGUGCAGUCAUUUUCAACUCGUAUAAAUCGAAUAAUGUCUCUUAUACUAUUCGAAUGCCUGACUCGGCUAUUCCGUCUACUACGCACACUACAGCUACCGGCGGUAUUACAGGUUCAUGUCGCAAUAAUCUUACCACUUAUCUUCCUGCUAUACGAUGUCCUGCAAAUACUUAUUUAUCAUCCGGUUUCGCUACUAUGCAAAAUUUGAUCGAUUGGUCUAUCACGCAAGUCAAAGCUGGUUUAUCUGAUAGCCUGCCUAAAUCAGAAUUCUUCUUUCAAUUAAUGCCAAAAGGAGCAUUUAGUGGCGGAGUCAGCUUUCUUCAAGUUUUCGUGUCAAUCUAUUUCGUUAUGGCUUAUGCGCCAUUUGUCAAUUUCUUACUGGUUGGCCUUGUAACAGAAAAAGAGAAAAAAAUCAAGGAAGGCAUGAAAAUGAUGGGGUUACGAACCUCAGCAUUUUGGCUAUCUUGGUUCCUAACGUACACUCUGACGAUAUUAAUUUCUACCAUUGUUGUUACCAUCAUUGCAGUGGUAGCUUCUCUCUAUAGAGCUAGUAAUCCAUUCAUCAUAUUUCUCCUUCUGUUUCUUUAUGGAUUAUCGAUUGUUACAUUCUCUUUUAUGCUAACACCAUUUUUCAAUAAAGCCACCGUUGCUGGCGCUGUUGGUUCAUUAUCUACGGUAGCUUUCACUGCAUUAUAUUUUCCGGUUACAUUGCUGCCAACCCCACCAUUUGCUAAAUGGAUUCUAUCUUUGUUAUCACCAGUUGCUUUAGCCUUAAGCUUAAGUCAGGCUACUGCAUUAGAGACAACUACAGGGGCCCAAUUUAGUACUUUGGGCGUUGGAGAAUUUCCGAUUGGUGGAGGCAUUCUAAUGCUAAUUUUUGACACAGUUCUAUACCUAUUUCUCGCAAUCUACUUUGAUUCGAUAUUGCCAAAGGAAUAUGGCCAACAAUAUCAUCCUCUAUUUUGCUUUUUCCCUUCAUUUUGGCUUGGAAAAAGUUCUAAUUCUGAAGGAACUUUUACCAUUCCUGAAAAUACGAAUGUACAAGUAGAUGUGGAAGAUAUAUCCGCAGAUUUUCAAGGAAAAGAAGCCAUUAGGAUCGCAGGCAUUACCAAAUCAUUUACCGAUACUUCAUCGAAAGAAAAAAAAGAAGUUAUAGCUGUAGAUAAUUUCUGCUUUGAUGUAUACGAGGGUCAAAUCACAGCUCUUUUGGGACAUAAUGGUGCUGGAAAGACUACUCUAAUUGCUACAUUGACUGGUCUUUUACCUACUACCAGGGGAACUGCAUAUAUAUAUAAUUAUGACAUAAACAAACCUGAAGAGAUGACUAAGAUCAGGGAGAUUACCGGUGUAUGUCCGCAACACGAUAUCCUAUUUGACUCUCUCUCGGCUAGGGAGCAUCUGGUAGUAUUUGCUACCAUAAAGGGUAUACCAAAUGAUCAAAUCAAUGCUGCUGUUGAUAAAACCUUAGAAGACAUCACGUUAAUGGACAAGGCAUCUACAAGAGCUUCUGAUCUAAGCGGAGGUCAAAAACGAAAAUUAUCAGUAGGAAUUGCAAUUAUUGGUGAUCCUAAGGUUAUAUAUUUAGAUGAACCAACAAGUGGAAUGGAUCCUUUAUCAAGGCGACAAAUUUGGUCGCUUCUACAGAACCGACGAGAAGGAAAAGUAACAUUGUUGACUACUCACUUCAUGGAUGAAGCCGAUAUUCUUGCAGAUCGCAAAGCAGUCGUUUCACAUGGCAAACUACGAUGUGCUGGAUCUUCUCUUUAUCUCAAGAAUCGUUUUGGAAUCGGCUAUCAUUUAGGUAUGGUUACUACGGCCGAUUGUAAUAUAGAUAAAGUGACAGAGUUGGUCCAUGAGCAUAUACCGAAAGCCUUAUUACAGAGAUAUCAUGCUAGCGAGUUAUCUUAUCUUUUACCGUUAUCUGAUGUUUCAAGAUUUCCAGACCUCUUUUCCCAUUUGGAAAGUCCAGCUCAUAAUGAAUUAGGCAGAACUUGUGCUGAAACCUGUGGUGUCUCAAGCUAUGGAAUAUCUAUGACCACGCUAGAAGAAGUUUUCUUGAGACUUAAAGAUGAUGAUGUACCAAACGAUUUAAGUUCAAUGGCAAAAUCGCCGUUGGAAACCAAUAAAGAUAAUACGGAUGGGCAAAGACCUAAUGAAAGCAUGUUUGACUUUAGAAACACUCGGCGUUUAUCAAUGAAAGAAUUAAUUCGACAACAAUUCUUGGCAUUACUAAGGAUUCGAUUCCUCGUUAACCGACGCGAUCCAUUAACUAUCAUAUUUCGUGUAGUUUUACCGCCCGUGUUUGUAAUUGUGGGACUAAUAUUCGCUAACAACAUUGGAGGUAACACAAUUGCACAGCGUGAUCCUCCUACCUUACAACUUUCGUCGCAGCUUUACCUCAAUGAGUCUAAUAUAUCGCCUUCCAAGAAUAUAUUUGCCGACUUGCUUAUUAGAAAUUCAACCUCUAGACCAAUUAAUACCUUUAUCAAUGAUGUAGAAAAAAUGAAACUUUAUUACCAAAUGAGUAAUUUGUCAGCUGAUUACUUACUAGAUAACUAUCCGCAUACAAUUGGUUAUGAUAUCAUGGCUUUCCAGAAUACGUCAACAGGAAUAGCUUCCACAUUAAAUGUCCUUUAUAACGAUACGGCCGUACAUAGUAUUCCUGUUGCUAUUAAUCUUAUCAACCAGAUAAGGUUUGACAACGAAAUGAAACGGCGUAAAGGUGUUAGUGGCAGUAUCAUUCAUGUUUCUAGUAAACCUUUUCCACAAACCACAGCAGCCAGCAACUUUAACGGUGCUGCUUUUAGUGCACCUAUUUUCAUUGGAUUAGCAUUAAAUGUCAUUCCCGCAGGAUUCGCUAUAGAAGUUACCAGAGAUAGGAAGGAUCGAAUUCGUCAAUUGUUGAGAGCAUCUGGUGUAACGAGCUCCACCUAUUGGCUAUCACUAUUUACAUGUGAUUUUAUCUCGUACCUCUUUCCGGUACUUUUGAUGCUCAUCAUUAUUCCUAUCAUGCAUGUAGCCGCUUUUGUAGUUCCAGCUGCUAUGGGAGUCCUAUUUAUGGCAUCAUUAACUUACAUGCAAUCCAAUAUCCUGCUGGCUUAUGUUGCUUCUUUCUUAUUUUCGUCGGUUGAGACAUGUCAAUCAGUUUUGCCUCCCGUAUUAAAUUUACUACUUUUAUUACCGACUAUUGGUGUCUCAUUACUAGAUAUGCUUGGGCAAGCAAAUGCCGCUUUAAUAUUACACUUUGUCAUGCUAGCAAUAAACCCUACAUACCCCAUCGGAGGAGCAGUAUAUUUUAUUGGCCAGCCUAUCAUCCACGGUGCUUUCCUAUUCUAUUUGUUACGCUAUCUCGAUUACAGGAAUACUGGAACAUAUGAUGGUCGUGGACUGUUCGGCAUUGGUGGUUCACCAACUCAACGUCCAGCAUCUGGUUCGACAACCAGUGAAACGGCGGGAUUGAUUGGAUCUGCGGCAUCUAUGUCUGAGGAUGAUGACGUUAGAGCUGAAUAUGAUAGAAUUUCAAAAGCGACAACAUCAACCGAUGUUCUUAAAGUGCAACGCCUUCGUAAAGAAUUUUUGAAGCGUCCUGAUGUUAGUGAAAAGAGCCAGCUAUGUUGCGGUUCAAAGCCUGAUAAGAUAGCAGCUGUAGAAGAUUUGUAUUUUGGUAUCGAACAUGGUGAAGUGUUCGGACUAUUAGGCCCUAAUGGAGCUGGUAAAACGACAACGUUGAAUAUCAUUACCGGAGAUAUGGCUGCAACGAGAGGCGAUGUUUCCAUUGCCGGCUACAAUUUAAGUAAAGAUAUAACUCAAGCGUUAAGGAGUUUAGGUUUUUGUCCUCAACAUGAUGCAUUAUGGGAGCGCAUUACUCUAUCCGAACAUCUUCAUACUUACGCGGCCAUUAAAGGUGUUCCAGCCGAUAUGAUUACUGAGGCUGUCAACAGGUUUAUUACUGGAAUGGAAAUUCAGGAACAUGCUGAAAAAUUUGCCAAAAAACUCUCUGGAGGAACCAAAAGAAAAUUGAGUUUCGGAAUGAGUAUUAUUGGAUGCCCGAGAUUAUUGUUAAUGGAUGAACCUUCUACUGGAAUGGACCCCGGUGCAAAACGAUUCUUGUGGAAUUCUAUUACCGCAAGUAUUACCGAUGAAACUGGAGCGGUAAUUACUACGCAUUCAAUGGAGGAAGCUGAUGCGCUAUGCUCAAGAGUUGGCAUAAUGGUUCGUGGCCAGCUACGUUGCUUGGGAUCAACGCAACACUUAAAGAGUAAAUAUGGUGGAGGUUAUCACCUGGAAGUUAAAUUCUCUCCAGAUAAUAUGGGAAUAAAUACCAAUGGAGAUCCAUUACAGAGUGUUCACGAAUUUGUUAAGAAUACAUUCCCUGCUGCUACGGAAGUAGAACAUUUUGGCCAUCGUAUUAUCUACAAGAUUCCAUCGUCUGACGUCAAAUCAUUAGCAAGAUCUUUUGCUUGUUUAGAAGAAAGUAAAGCAAAGAUCGGAAUUGUGGAGUAUAGUUUUAGCCAAUCAACCCUAGAGCAAGUGUUCUUAGAAUUUGCUAAAAAACAAGAUGAAGAAACUGACACAGAAGAUUCUUCAUCAUCUAUAUCUAUAGCUACUGGUCCUAUGUUGGUUUAA